AUGUCUGAAGGCGAUGUCAAGCCACCGACACCCGUUGUCGCCGAGGCUCAUGACGUGGACACUUUCCAUGUGCCUGAGGCCUUCUACAAGAAGCACCCAACUCGCCCACACUUGAAAAACUUCGACCACUACAAACAGCUCUAUGAUGAGUCGAUCCGGGAUCCCAACACCUUCUGGGCUCGCAUGGCCCGUGAGCUCCUCUCCUUUGACCAGGACUUUCACACCACACAUUCCGGCUCCUUCGCCAACGGUGACAAUGCCUGGUUCCUGGGCGGAAAACUAAACGCCUCGUUCAACUGUGUCGAUCGCCACGCGUUCAAGAACCCCGACAAGGUCGCCAUCAUCUACGAGGCCGACGAGCCGAGCGAGGGCCGCAGCAUUACCUACGGAGAGCUGCUCCGGGAAGUCUCCCAGGUUGCUUGGGUUCUCAAGUCGCAAGGCGUGCGCAAGGGCGACACUGUUGCCAUUUAUCUGCCCAUGAUUCCCGAAGCUCUCGUCGCCUUCUUGGCCUGCUCGCGCAUCGGAGCCGUCCACUCGGUUGUUUUCGCCGGCUUCUCAUCCGACUCCCUGCGUGACCGUGUUCUGGAUGCUGACACCAAGUUUGUUAUCACCAGUGACGAGGGUCGUCGCGGUGGAAAGAUUAUUGGCACCAAGAAGAUCGUUGACGAGGCCCUGAAGCAAUGCCCGGACGUAAGAGGCGUCCUUGUCUUCAAGCGCACUGGCGCCGAUGUUCCAUGGACCAAGGGCCGUGACUUGUGGUGGCACGAUGAGGUUGAGAAGUACCCCAACUACCUGGCUCCCGAGCCCGUCGACUCGGAGGAUCCCCUCUUCCUUCUCUACACAUCCGGUUCUACUGGAAAGCCCAAGGGUGUUAUGCACACGACGGCCGGCUACCUCUUGGGAGCUGCCGCGACUGGUAAAUAUGUCUUUGACAUUCAUGACGAUGAUCGGUACUUCUGCGGUGGUGACGUUGGCUGGAUUACUGGCCACACCUACGUCGUAUAUGCGCCGUUGCUUCUUGGUGUUGCUACUGUCGUUUUUGAGAGUACCCCAGCCUACCCCAACUUCUCUCGGUACUGGGAUGUCAUUGAGAAGCACAAGGUCACUCAAUUCUACGUGGCUCCUACUGCCCUGCGCCUGCUCAAACGUGCUGGCGACGAACACAUUCAUCACAAAAUGGAGCACCUGCGUGUGCUCGGGUCGGUGGGUGAGCCCAUCGCGGCCGAAGUCUGGAAGUGGUACUUUGAGAAAGUUGGAAAGGAAGAAGCCCACAUUUGCGAUACCUACUGGCAAACAGAGACUGGAUCAAAUAUCAUCACCCCUCUUGGUGGAAUCACCCCCACCAAGCCCGGCAGUGCAUCCCUUCCGUUCUUCGGUAUCGAGCCAGCUAUCAUUGACCCUGUCUCGGGCGAUGAAAUUAACGGCAAUGAUGUCGAAGGUGUUCUUGCUAUCAAGCAGCCCUGGCCUAGUAUGGCUCGCACUGUGUGGGGAGCUCACAAGCGGUACAUGGAUACCUACCUGAACGUGUACAAAGGAUACUAUUUCACUGGUGAUGGUGCCGGCCGUGACCAUGACGGAUACUACUGGAUUCGUGGACGUGUUGACGACGUUGUCAACGUUUCUGGCCACCGUCUUUCCACUGCCGAGAUUGAAGCUGCUCUCCUCGAGCACCCCAUGGUUGCCGAAGCCGCCGUCGUCGGUAUCGCCGACGAACUCACUGGCCAAGCUGUUAACGCCUUCGUCUCACUCAAGAGCGGCAACGAGUCGACUGACCAGGUCCGGAAAGACCUCGUCAUGCAGGUGCGAAAGUCCAUCGGACCAUUUGCCGCCCCCAAGGCCGUCUUUGCCGUUGAAGAUCUUCCCAAGACCCGUAGUGGAAAGAUCAUGCGCCGGAUUCUGCGCAAGAUCCUGAGUGGCGAGGAGGACAGCCUCGGCGACAUUUCAACUCUCUCGGACCCCGGCGUUGUGGCUAAGAUUAUCGAUACCGUCAAGGCCUCUCGCAAGUGA